AUGGCAAACACAAACCGCGUUCUGGAGGGGAAGCUUGGUCUCGUCACUGGCGGAUCCCGGGGUAUUGGUGAAGCCAUUGCCCGCAAUCUCGCUGCGAAGGGUGUCUCGCUACUGCUGAACUUCACAUCCGAGUCUUCGCGCGCUCCCACAAACGAGCUGUGCGCCUCGCUGGCCGCGGCCCAUGGAAUUCGAUGCGAAAGUGUCCAAGCGGACCUGAGUAAGCCUGAGGAGGCCGUAAAAGACAUCCUUGCGGCCGCAAAAAAGAAAUUUGGAUCAUCUGGAAAACUGCAGAUUGAUAUUCUCGUGAAUAAUGCCGGUGUCUCAGCCGACCGAAACUUGAACGACGCCGCCAAGGGCCCCAUUGACUCCGAGCUUUUCAACUGGCACUACACCAUCAACGUGCUCGCCCCCCUUCUCCUCACCCAGGCAAUUGCCCCUUACCUCCCCACAGACCGCAGCGGCCGCAUCAUCAAUAUCUCCAGCGUGUCGUCAUCAAUGGGUUUCGUGGGCCAGUCGAUCUACGGUGGCACCAAGGCAGCAAUUGAGGCCAUGACACGCACCUGGGCGCGUGAGCUGGCUGAUCGGGCUACUGUCAAUGCAGUUAACCCCGGUCCUGUGAUAGGUGACAUGUACUUCAAGGCUGGCGAAGGUUUCUGGAACGAUAUUCAAGGUUUCCAGGAUAACACUCCUGGAAGCAAGUUGGAUGAGAGUGACCCGGACACCAUGAGCCGAAUCACAGAGGAGCAGGCACGUUUGAUUAAAGAAAAGAUGGGUGGACGGAGACCAGCGUUCACGAGUGAGAUUGCCGGUACUGUAGGAAUGCUCUGCACACCGGAUGGCCUUUGGACUACCGGAAGUGUGGUUUGUGCCAAUGGUGGAAUGAGAAUGACCGUUUAG